AUGAAAAAAUUUAUUUCAGCAAUUAAGAAUGUGACAGACCCUGAAAAAAUGGCUAAAUAUGGAGCUUAAAAACUUGAAAAUCUAGCUGAUUAUUUAGAUCCUAAUAACGAAAAGACUUCUUAAUAAAUUCCAUUUAUGGUAAUAGCCAUAAAUAAAUUUUAUUCUAGAUCACCAAAUAAAUGAAGAUUGAUCUUAUCGAAUUAGGAUACAAUUAUGAUGAUAUCAAAAAAAUGACACCAACGUAUGCCAGUAAUCUACUGUAAAAUCAAAUUAAAAGAUAGAAGUGA